AUGGAAUUUAUUCUUCUUCCCUUCACUCGACCAGGGAAGGAGGGAAGUUUUUCAUUAUCUAUCUACCGCAGUUUUUCGUUAUCUAUCUAUCCACCGCAGUCUUUUCAUUAUCUAUCUAUCCCAGUCUUUUCUUUAUCUAUCUAUCUAUCUAUCUAUCUAUCUAUCUAUCUAUCUAUCUGUCGCACUCAGUCUUUUAUCUAUCUAUCUAUCUAUCUAUCUAUCUAUCUAUCGCAGUCUUUUCUUUAUCUAUCUAUCUAUCUAUCUAUCUACUAUUUGCAAAAGAAAAAAAUCGAGUAUUUAAAGUAUUUUAUCUAUCUGCCGCAGUCUUUUCAUUAUCUAUCUACCGCAGUUUUUCAUUUUCUAUCUAUCCACCGCAGUCUUUUUUUAUCUAUCUACUCCAGUCUUUUCUCUAUCUAUCUAUCUAUCUAUCUAUCUAUCUAUCUAUCUAUCUAUCUAUCUAUCUAUACCAGUCUUUUCAUUAUCUAUCUAUCCCAGUCUUUUCUUUAUCUAUUUAUCUAUCCCAGUCUUUUCAUUAUCUAUCUAUCCCAGUCUUUUCUUUAUCUAUCUAUCUAUCUAUCUAUCUAUCUAUCUAUCUAUCUAUCUAUCUAUCUAUCUAUCUGUCGUAUUCUUUUCAUUAUCUAUCUAUCUUAA